GCCAACUUCCAGGCUACAGAUUACUACCAUGCUUCCACGGGAACCGUACAAGGGCUCAACGCGAAAACUAGUACUUUCAUUUGAUGUCGGGACCACAUUCAGUGGAGUCUCAUAUUGUAUGCUAGACCCAGGGGAGGUGCCUGUAAUUCGAGGAGUAGCAAGAUAUCCUGCGCAAGAGCAUGUCGGAGGUGACUCCAAAAUACCAUCAAUUCUCUACUAUGAUCUUCAAGGAGACGUCCGCGCCGUGGGUGCUGAGGCUUUACAAGAGAAUAUCAUCGAACAGGCAGAAAACGAGGGAUGGGUGAGGCUCGAAUGGUGGAAACUUCAUCUUCGCGCUAAACAUCUGGCAUCGUCUCACAUACGGGAGGACGAUAUACCAUCUCUCCCACGAGGCAAAUCCGCAGUGGAAGUCCUCGCCGACUUCAUGCGCUACCUCUUCCAAUGCGCUCGGACUUACAUCCAGGAAUCGCAUUUGAAUUUCUGGAGAUCGGUCGAGAAUUCUAUUGAGUUUGUGCUCACACAUCCGAACGGUUGGGAAGGCCAACAACAACAACAGAUUAGACGCGCUGUCGAGCUCGCUGGUCUCAUCUCAUCUAAGGAGGAGCAAUCUCACGUGCACCUCUUGACUGAGGGCGAAGCGAGUCUUCAUUUCUGUGUUACUAAUGUGAUUGCAUCAGAUAUAUCCUCUAAAACCCCUAUAGAUGUGUCAGAUUGUGCAGACGAGGAGGAAAAUCAAUCUGACAGCCAGGGGGUCGUUGUCAUUGAUGCCGGAGGUGGAACUAUCGAUCUCAGCGCUUACUCGAUGAAGUUAUCUCCGACGUCGUUCGAGGAGAUUGCCCCAGCUGAAUGUUGCCUGCAGGGCUCAGUCUUUGUUACCCGUCGCGCUCAUACUCUCUUACAAAAGAAACUUUCGGGCUCGAACUACUCCAACUCUGAGAUCAUCGAGCAAAUGACGAAAAUCUUCGACACAACCACGAAGCUUCGGUUCCGUAAGCCUGAUGAACCGUCUUACAUCAGGUUUGGCACCAUCCGUGACAAGGAUCCGGAGUAUGACAUUCGAUCAGGGCAAUUGAAAUUGGCUGGGUUUGACGUCGCGGACUUAUUUGUACCAGCCGUCGAAGCUAUCAUCGAGGCUUUUGAGCAGCAGAGACGCGCGGCUUCGACUCCAAUCAAUUUGGUUUGGUUGGUUGGCGGUUUCGCUACCAGCGACUGGCUGUUUGCGAAAGUCCAGGAAUAUUUUCUACCUCUAGGCAUCCGCUUGUGUCGCCCUGAUGCCCAUGUCAACAAGGCUGUUGCUGAUGGGGCAGUUUCGUUCUACAUUGACCACUUAGUGUCCUCCCGGGUUGCACGCGCCACUUAUGGCAUUGAAUGCCGCGGUCAGUACGACUCUCAGAAUCCUGAACACCAGGCCCGAAAACGCACGAUAACGACCGAUGUCACCGGUGUGCUGCGUGUCCCAAGUAUGUUUCAGAGUAUUUUGCUGAAGGGAACUCAAGUAUCUGAGCUGUGCGAAUUCCGGAAGCCUUUCUAUAUUACACGAACAUCACUCGCUAAAUGCGAGAGUUAUAGCGUGGACAUAAUGCGCUACGGGGGUGCCCUCCAGGAGCCGCGGUGGUUAGACGUUGAACGAUCCUCAUUUUCCACGCUAUGCACGAUUGAUGCCAACCUCCGCGAGCUAUCCCGAACACUUCGUCCCAAAAAAUCAGCUUCAAAUCAAGCAAAGUAUUACAAGGUUGAAUUUGACGUCAUCAUUUUAUUUGGCCACACGGAACUGAAAGCCCAGAUCAGUUGGAAGGAAAAGGUUCGCGACUCAUUUCAUCGAUCUACUUUCUCGCUGAUCGAGAACAUUGCAAAGGGUGUUGAAAGGCGGUAAGCGCGACUUGCCGUUUUGUGAUUGAUUUCGUUACAUUAAUCUGUUAUAGGAGCCCAGCAACUAUAGUCUACGACGAGUAGUGUCAAGACCGAAAUGCAGCUCUUUGCACAUGCUGCAGCUGCAGAAGAGUGUCAGCAUCAUGUAGAGCAGUCGUGCCAUCUGAAUCAUCUGUAUCAAUGUUACCUCAAGUAUCACCAAGUUUGGUAUACACAACAGAACAUCAUAAGUCGAGUAGAACAUGCUGAGGCGGUCCAAGGUAUUGACCGCACCCUCGAACAUCCACACUCUUCCUCGACCAAGACGACGACGGCGACUUGCACGACUCGUUCAACCGACUAUAAACAUCAUUCGUGUCAUAGACGUAUACAUAAUAUAUGACCACGAUGAACAUCACUGUGGGGCAAGAAACACGCAUAUAUGCGUACCAAUGGCAAUAUCGACCUGCUCAUUCAGUGCGCGAUCUUC